AUGCUCAACAUCGCCUUCGAUAUUGCCGGCGUCAUUCUAAUGUCGUGGCAGUACGACAACGGCUCCUUUGAUGAAGUAUCCCACACUGCAUCUGCCAUCAACAGUCUCGACGAGACCUACGAGUACACCAGCCUGAUGGCCGUCUUCUUCCGACGCCUCGUCGACGCCUUGUUUGUAAUUGUAUUUGCCGAGUUGGGUAAUGGCUUCCGCUACGCACAAAUCAAGAAGCCGCCUCCUUUUCGAAGCGUCGUGCGCAUCGCCGCCUUUGGCAGCGCAGUGUUGAUUCUCGCCCUUUCCGUGGCGUACUUUGCUCUGCCGCUUGCCGCCCUCGUUCACUAUUACCAGUCGGAGCCAACGAGGAGUUACAAUGCUGUGGUAGACGCAUGGGACAAGUGCAGGUCGUUGGAGGCUGCGAUUGACGUGGUUAAUUUUGCGGUUUCGAUUGUCCAGGUUGUUUACGCUGGACUUGUGCUUGGCCAAUAUGCUGGGCUGCCGGGGAAAAAGUCUGCUGUCCUUUACUUUGUUUCUACCAUCCUCGACGCCUUGCGCUGUGUAGUCGGCAUUGUGCUCCUCGGAAAGUGGAUUCUUCCCGACGAGCAAAUCCCAUACGCUUGGAAUGCUGUCGAUGUCGUCUUUGAAUACUGGGUUUGUUUCAUCAUCUUGGUGCUGCUCCUCGUCAUUGGCAAGCGCAGGCAGGAUGGUCUCUGGAGCACCGUUCAACACUCGACGCAGGGCCACCAAGGAGGCUAUCCUCAACAAGCCGUGCACUCGCAUGGCCAAGCGCCCCCUACUCCGCCCAUUUACUACCAGCAUCCCCCUCAGCAGCAAGAGAAUCCUGCGUGGCAAUAUGCGCAAUCGGAUCCAGCCCCAGCUGCCAUGUGGCAUCCUCACGAGCUGGCAUCGCCGCAGCAGGUUGCGAAGCCAGGUGAGCUUGAUUCAAGACAGAUGCAGCAGCCUGCGUACUAUACGAGCGCGCAUCAGGUUCCCGUUGAGGUUCCGGCCGAGAAGAACGCGUAG